AUGAAUUUUACGCUAUCAUCUGGCCUGAAUGUUGUUCCAUUAAUCGAAGAAGACUUGAAACUUAAACACUUUAAUAAAUCACCAAAGAAAAUGAGCAUAAAGAAUACUGGUCACACUGUGGAAAUAAAAGCCGAUUGGAAUGGAAAAGCUCCAAGCUGUACUGGCGGACCUCUUCACGGGAAUUACGUAUUUGAAAAAGCCACUUUUCAUUGGGCCAAAAAACCGACCGGAUUUGUGUUUCCCAUAGAAUGGCUUGACGACUUGUCAAAAACCUUACACAAGGUUCAAUCUCCAAAUUCAACAGCAGAGAUAAAACCGUUUCCCCUAUUAAAUGAUUUCGAUAAAGACUAUUCAUCAUUUAUAUUUUACGAAGGUUCUUUGGAUUAUCCCCCUUGCUCGGAAUCUGUAACUUGGUUCAUAGUUGAAGUUGCUUAUCAGGUCAUAGAUAGCGUGGUAAAAGAAUUCAAGAAAAUAAAGUUGGCUGAGGGAGACGUGUCGAAUGUGAGACCUAUGCAGCCUCUCAACAAACGUCAAGUUAAGUACGUGGGUAGCCAUAAUAGCUAUUAG